AACAACUCCGCUCCAGCAGGAUCCUCAUUUUCCUUCCCAAAUUACCUGGACGCAUCUUCGUCUUCAGCCUGUCUCUCCCGUCCAUCUUCUUAGGUUUCUCUCAAAUAAUUCGACUUCAAAUUCAUUGGGUACUGCAAGUUUUCAAUGGAAGAUCCGAACACGCACGACAACGUCGAUUCGGAGAAAAUCUCCGAGUCUUUUCUCUGCUGCGUUUGCCUAGAGCUGUUGUACAAGCCCGUAGUGCUGUCUUGUGGUCACAUCUCAUGCUUCUGGUGUGUCCAUAAAUCAAUGGAUACCCUACAUGAGUCUCAUUGUCCAAUUUGUAGGCACCCAUAUAAUCACUUUCCUACCAUCUGUCAGAUGCUUCACCUUUUGCUCUUGAAGGAAUAUCCUAUUGCUUAUAAGAGAAGAGAAAAUCAAAUUCUAGAAGAGGAAAAGGAGAUGGGCAUCUUUUCACCACAAUUUAAUUCUCAAGCAUAUAAUCAUGGGGGCAAUCCAGCCUCUUUAUCUACCAUGGGUUUCGAGUCAAAGUCACCUUCAGACUCUUUAUCCACCAGGAAAGGUGAACCUUAUGCAAAUUUGGAGCUAUUGAAUUCCGAUUCACAGGUUCAAGAUGAUGGUGUGUGCGCUCUAAUAGAGAUCCGUAGUGGGAAUUCUGAAGUAAUUGGGAAUGUUUCUCUCAAAGAAAAUACUAGCAAGCAGGUUUUGGUUUCUGAUGUGCUGUGUUUGGCAUGCAAACAACUACUAUUUCAUCCUGUGGUUCUUAACUGUGGCCAUGUAUAUUGUGAAAGUUGUAUCAUCAUCCCAGCUGGUGAGAUGCUUAAAUGUCAGGUUUGUCAAACCUUGCAUCCAAGAGGAUUUCCAAAGGUUUGUUUGGAGCUAGAUCACUACUUGGAGGAAAAUUUUCCAAAAGAAUAUGUGCGGAGAAGAGAUGCUGUUCAGCUCAAGCAAGUUGUAAUUGAGUGUUCAACUGAAUCCUGCAAACAAGGAAAGAAUCUACCACGGCUCACUGUACCUCACCCGAACGCACAUUUUGGAGUUGGUUGUGAUUCUUGUGGGAUCGUACCCAUCAUUGGGGACAGAUACAGAUGCAAAGAUUGUGUGGAGAAAAUUGGUUUUGACCUUUGUGGUGAUUGUUAUAAUACCUGUUCCAAGCUUCCUGGGCGUUUCAAUCAGCAGCAUACCACAGAACACAAGUUUGAGCUUAUAAGGUUACAAGUUGAUGCUUAUGCCUCAGAGGAUUCAGAAAAUGGAUCUCCACCUCCUGCCUUGCCCGGUGAUGCUCAGGAGAAUGCUGACAGCGGUUCAGCUGCUAAUGUUACCUCCACCGAUGGUGGAGAGGAUCAAACUGGUUCCCAAUCAACCUCCUAAUUCUACACCAAGCUGAAGCCAUGUGCGUCGGGUCUAGGGUUCUGGAUGUUUCUCCCACUCCAGCAAAAAUAGGCUUCCACCAUUCAAGGCAUGAUUGUAGCUGUUCUUGGUGUGUCAAAAGUCAUUGUAUUUUCCUUACUCAUCGGUGUUUGGAAACAGGUGUCUGUGGUCAUGUGCAUCAUGAGGGUUUCCAGGUUUUUAUAUUUCCCACAGGUUGAAGUGGACGACGCAUACAGCUAUUCAAUCCUAGGUUGAUAUUAAUUUGUUGGUUUACUUCUAAAAGUGAAAGAUGUGUUGGUUUGUGUGCAAUGAGCAAUGAGGAUAAAUCAUGUGCUCUUGUUAAUUAUCAUAGAAAUGUCUGCUCGAGGAAUAAGUUGAAAGAUUUCGACACAGUUAAAAAUGGUCUGUAUUAAGAAACGACUAGAACAAUUCGGCCUGCAUGAGUAUUUGAAGUUAUUAACUAGAUACUUGUAAAAUGUUAUCUGUAAAAGAAAGCAAUCACAUAAAUCUCAAAGUUGCUCUUUGAGCUUACUCGGUUA